AUGAAGAUUCUCUUCUUCUGCACCGCCCACAACUCGCUGUCGCAGCGUCUCUACCUCGCCCUGACGCGGAACCAGCAACACUCCGUCACCGUUGAAUAUGCCUUGUCCGCCCAGCACAUGCUGGAGGCGGCGCGUCUCGUCCAACCACAUCUCGUCAUCUGCCCGUUCCUGACAUCCUUGGUGCCACAGCAGGUCUACGAGGCAUUUCUCACCUUGAUUGUGCAUCCUGGGCCUCCUGGGGACGCCGGGCCCAGCGCCCUUGAUUGGCUGCUCAUGGGGGACGAUGGAUCCGAACAAGACAGCCAGAGGUUGCUUGCUGACAAUGGCUUCAGCCCGGUCGGCAGGAGCCACUGGGGUGUGACGGUGCUGCAGGCCAUCAAGGAGUUUGACGCCGGUCCCGUCUGGGCCUUUGAGCAGUUUGCCGUCGACAUCGACGAUGUGCGUCUGACAAAGUCGAGCUUGUAUAGGGGCGCCGUCACGCAGGCCGCCAUUGUGGCCACGCUUGCUGCCAUUGAGCGAAUCGAGGCAGCUGCCGAUGGCGCCGAUGGCGAUGAUGGCGAUGAUGGCGAUGAUGGCGCUUCUGCUGCUUCUGCUGCCUCUGCUGCCUCUGCUGCCUCUGUUGCGCUGCAAACGCUUGGCGCUCCAAUUUCGCCUCCUGCUACCCCUACCCACAAUCGGUUUUGUCCUCGGCCGUCCUCGCCUGGUAAGAAGCAGCGACGAGGGCCCGUCUCUCCAGGUCUUGUUGCUCGGGAAGAAUACGCCGAGCUCUCUGUUACCACUUCGCAACCCUUUCUCGGCGGCGAAACCCACCACAGGCCCCUGCUAAGGGCUAACCAGCGAGACUUUGACGUCACGACGCACGCGGCCUCCGCCAUCUCUCGAAGAAUCCGUAGUGCCGAUUCCCAGCCGGGCUGCCUGAGUGGUCUGUUCGGUCCGAAGUUGUAUCUCUACGGAGGCAUCGUCGAGAAUCCUACCCUGCUCUCCUGCGUCGCUUCCCCGGCACCGCCUGGUAGUAUUAUAGCCGUGCGAGACGAAGCAGUCUGCGUCGCCACGUGUGACGAGAAGGGCAUAUGGAUCACUCACAUCCGCCAGAUCAAGGGCAAGCGUGAUCCUGCCCUGUGGCCCAAAGUCCCGGCCGCGUCUGGCCUGCAGAAACUGGGACUUCUCGACGCCGGGGCACCCUGGUGCUCAUCCCGGUCAGUCCUCCCACCGACCUUCUCGGGCCAGUGGUCGAGGUCGUACCACAGCACCUUUCAGGAAAUCCAUGUGGAUUUCGCCACAGAGGGCAACAAGCGCUUCGCGUAUCUCUACUUUGACUUUUACAACGGCGCCAUGAGCACGAGUCAAUGUCGGAGGAUGGUGCAAUGCCUAGAUUACAUCCUGGCAAAUGCCGCCGACUCGCACGAGAGCUUGCCCCUCGCCGCCGUUGUGCUCAUGGGCGGCGACUCGUACUUUAGCAAUGGGAUCCAUCUCAACGUCAUUGAGGCGGCCGCCGACCCGGCCCUUGAGUCAUGGUACAACAUCAACGCCAUCAACGACGUGGUCGAGAAGGUGCUGCGGGACUUUCCCUCGCGCAACAUCACCUCUGUGGCGGCCAUGCGCGGCAACUGCGCGGCCGGGGGCGUGGCCCUCGCAGCAGCCUGCGUCGUGGUCCUCGCAGGACCAGACGUGGUGCUGAACCCUGCGUACAGAGCGCUGGGCUUGUACGGAUCCGAGUUCCACAGCCUCAGCUACCCCGGCCGGUGCGGCGUCGAGGGCGCAACCCAGAUACUGCGAUCCAUGACGCCCCUGAGCGCGCACGACGCCCGCGACAUGGGCCUGGUCGACCGCGUCCUGCCCGCCACCCAGCCGCUGCACAUUGCCGUGCGGGCACACGUACAGGACAUGUUUGCAUCGCCGGAUGCGGCGCGCGGCCUCGGCGCGUGGAAGCAAAAGGCAGCCUUGUCCCCAGCAAGCCUGGCCCACGCCCGCGCAGCCGAGCUGGCCCAAAUGUCAAUGGACUUUUGGUCCGCCCGCUCUGAGCGCUACCACUCUCGUCGGAGCAAUUUUGUCCGCAAAUGCAGGCCUGUCGCGACGCCUCUCCGGUUUGCUGCCCACAGAAGAGCCGAGGGCAUGUUGGACGAAGAGGAGCGCGAUGAGUUUGACUCGGUAACGUGCUUUGUCGACAGGUCGCAAAGGGAGUUGAAGAGGCAGCUUUCCAACGGGAUGAUGCGUCUUCUGAAAGAUUUUUCCAGUGGUGCGAGCGAGCCUGCGUCGGCGCCCGCUGCGCCGCCUAUAUUUUCGUGCUAUUACGCUUAG